GAAAGAUAACAUUGUUCUAUGAUAGUAGAUUAGUCACUAAUUUUACAUAGACAUAAUAUAUUAUGUUUAUGUAAUUUUAUCAUAUCUUUUUUUUAUCGUUCAUUCACAUUAUCCAAAGGUAUUUGGCCAAUGGUCUAUGAACUGUUUAUUGUUUUGUAUAUUGUUAAUUAUUUAUUAUUCAUUUAUUUUCCUAAUUAAAAGCAACCACCGUCAUUGUUUCGUGCAUACUGCGUCACUGCUUAGUCAUUCUCGUCUACAAAAGUAUAAAAUGAUAGUUAAAAGUUGAAUGAUGAUCUGUAAAGAUCUAUGAUCUAACUUUUAAAUUGUAAUUGAUCGGAGAAGUGGUGUAAGAUUUAAAUCACAAUUUUUUUCAAAAUAUUCUGUAUUUUCAAUAACAUCCUUAGAUCUUCAGAGUCUUUAAUGAAAAAAUCUCUAAGACAUGGAAUAUGUAUGCAGCAAAUUUACCGAAGUUGGAAAAAUGAUGCACAUCCACCACCAUUAGAUAUUUCUAAUUUGCAAACUAUGGAAGAUAUUAAAUUGAAAUUAUUUAAUAUUAUGGGAUUAUCUGGAAAGUAUGAAAAUGAAGAUAGAAAGUGGUUAUCUGAAUAUUUACCUAAAGAUCAAAGUGAACUACCGGCUCGCUCUAUGAAUGACAGUUUUGAUAGAGCAAUAGUUCCUCUGAGUACAGAUUUAUCAUUACAAAACAAGUAUACAACAACAUUUAAAGGCUUAAGAAUUGGGCGUCUGUUAGAAGAUAUGGAUCAUUUUGCUGUUUGGAUUGUAAUGAAACAUAUUUAUAAUCCUAAACAGCCAACGGACGUGCCAACCCCUUAUGUUGUUGUAACAUUAUUGGUAGACGAUGUUAUCAUUAAUGCUAAUAGAUUUCCUGAUAAAGAUUUAAUCAUCAGUGGACAAGUAACACAUGUUGGAAAAACUUCAAUGGAGGUCACUUUAUGGUUGGAACAAUUAAAUGAUGGUAAAUUUGAGCGCAUUACUAGAGCUCAUUUUGUAUUUGUUGCAAGAGAUCCAACAAACACAUCAUCUGUCAUGGUAAAUCAUUUAGAACCAGUAGGAGAACGUGAAAAAAAUUUAAUGAUUCUUUCUGCUAAAAAAAAUGAAGAUAGGAAAAGGGCUCGACAAAACUCUAUAUUAAAUAAAAUGCCAACGCCAGAAGAACAAUCCUUAAUAUAUGAAACAUUUAUGAAAACAGUUGAUGGAAAAGAACCAAUGAUUGGUAAUAAAGUAUUGCCAGCUAGUAGUGUGUGGAUGGAUGACACUGAAAUUGAAACUAAUAUCCUUUGCCAUCCUGAAGACCGAAAUCUACACAAUACUGUUUUUGGUGGUUAUUUGAUGCGUGUUGCUACUGAACUUGCAUUUUUAGUUGCAAGUGUUCAUAGUAAAACAAGAGUUAAAUCACAAGCAAUUAAUAGCAUUACAUUCAGAAAACCUGUUCCAAUCGGUAGCAAACUGAAAUUAAUUGGAAAAAUAUGUUAUACUAGUGGUAGAGUAAUGAUAGUAGAAAUCAUUGCUAAAGUUGAUGAAAUCGAAAGUAAAAAGAGUUUGACUUCAAAUUCAUUUUACCAUGUUUUUGUUGCACCCAAUAAUGUUGAUGCAGUGUUACCUCAAAACUAUCAUGAUUCAAUGUUGUACAUUGAUGGACGGAGACGUUAUUUAGAUUUCAUUGCUCAUUUAGAAAAUGGACAACUUUAAGGAACUUAAUAAUCUUAUUAAAUUAUCACAAAAAAAAAACAGAUUUUUAAAUUUUUAUAAAGUU